AAUUACCUAAAAGCAAAAGAGGAGGGGGUCGCAGCUGGUGAGGUGCAGAGCUAAGGGCAACCCCGCGUCUAGCUUUUCCAUGAGGUGUGGUGGUACCCCGGUUUGUGAGCAUCUCCAUCCUGAAAGGUGGUGACGCGAGUAAGGCGGAGCCAGCAAUUGAAGGGAUCUGUGGGUUUGGAAGACUUCUCCAUUGACGUCGCCGUGGGCGGGGCUAGGAGCUGACAGGCGGCUGCUUGGUUCUUUCAGUAGUUUGUGUGGUAGUGGGCGCGAUGUGGCACGUCUUGGUCGCAGGCUCCUUCUUCUUUCCGGGACUCUAUCUACUGUGCAGCCAGUGUGCCCGGCGGACCUUGCCCAAAUGGACAGAAGCCGACUGCUCGCUGCUUAGUACCAGGAUUGUAUCCUCCGUGCAAGGAAUGCUUGCUGCUUCCUCUGGUAUUAUUGUUAUUACUUCCUGUAAAGAUGUGAAGUUUGACAGACAUUGGCUGGCUACAGCUUACAACUGGUUUAUCAUUCCAUACAUGGUGUAUGACGUCUAUGCCAUGUAUCUUCGGCACUGGUACAGAUGUUACGAUAAGCAGGUCUUAAAUGGAAAAGAUCAAUUUGCUACAGCAAUGAACAGCUUGCUGCGGAAGGAUUUUCUCAUGCUGGUUCACCAUGUUGUGAUUCUAACAAUUCUUGUGCCCAUUGGACUGUUCCUGAGAAGGGAUAUUGGAGAUUUCUUUGUUGGCUGUCUCUAUGUAGCAGAGAUGAGCACUCCAUUUGUGUCCCUUGGUAAAGUUCUUAUCCAGAUGAACCUGCAGAACUCACUCCUGCACAAAGUAAAUGGUGCCCUUGUGCUAAUUACUUUUUUCCUGUGCCGCAUCUGCCUCUUUCCAUUUAUGUAUUACGCCUACAGCAAGCAGUAUGGGAUCCCCUUAUACAAAGUGCCUUUCAGUAUACCUCUACACUGCAACGUUGUCAAUGCAUCCAUUAUGGCCCCACAGAUAUACUGGUUCUGGCUUAUUUGCAAAAAAGCGUUAAGACUUUAUCAGGGCCCAGCUAGAUCUGGAAAAGACAGAUAAUAGUUACAAAAACUCCUGUAUGAAUAAUCUGUGACUUAUUACCAUGAACCAGACAUGCCACUCACUGGAGAUUUUAACCCCAUAGGCACCGAGCUUUCCAUUUGUCACCAGGUCAGUAUCCAACAAUGGAGUGUAAGCUUGUGCUACCUAAUACACUGUCUGAUGUUCCUAAGGGCAGAACUGCAGAGGUUGUAGAAGUUAAAAUUAAUAUUAAUGAAAAGCAAAACCUUUCCAUAUGAACACAUCAUUGACCAUCAUCUUGCUUUUGUUAAAAAAAAGACUUUUUUAAUAAUGCUUGUACAUCAGGGCUUUUUGAGUAGAUGUUUUUAUCUCUAUUUACCAGCUGAUUUUUUUUUUACACCGUAAGCCAGCAAAAAUAUUUUACUUCAAAACAAGAGGAUGGCAAAAUGUAACAAACAUUUGUAGCAUAUAUUAUUAUGCUGCGCUUUAGCUCCUUUUUAGAAGUGCUGCAGUUAAUACUUUGGUAUUUAACUUUAAAAGUUCUUGGGAACAGGAUGUGAUAUACUCUGAGAAGCCCGUACUGGAAUUGAACUGUUUAUUUCGAUUUUCCCAUGAUUUUAAUUAAAGGGGUACUAUUGCGAAAAUGAACAUUUAAUUUAUUAUAAGCUUCCUUAUACUGAAGUAAGAAACAAUUAAAAAUUCUGCAUUGUUUCUGAAAUAAUCGAGUUUAUAUUCUCU